CUGAAGCAGCAGGCCACAAUGUUCAGCUGGCUGGGAACCGAUGACCGGAGGAAGAAGGAGCCGGAAGUCUUUCAGACCGUCAGCGACGGGCUGAAGAAACUCUACAAAACUAAACUCCUGCCACUGGAGGAGAGCUACAAGUUCCAUGAGUUCCACUCUCCAGCCCUGGAGGAUGCCGACUUUGACAACAAGCCCAUGGUCCUACUUGUGGGACAGUAUUCUACAGGCAAGACGAGCUUCAUACGCUACUUGUUGGAGCAGGAUUUUCCUGGAAUGCGGAUCGGCCCUGAGCCCACUACAGAUUCUUUCAUCGCCGUGAUGCAUGGUGACACGGAAGGUGUCAUUCCUGGCAACGCUUUGGUGGUUGACCCCAAGAAGCCCUUCAGAAAGCUCAACGCUUUUGGAAACGCGUUCCUCAACAGGUUUGUGUGUGCCCAGCUUCCCAACCCCGUGCUGGAGAGCAUCAGCGUGAUUGACACGCCCGGGAUUUUGUCCGGUGAGAAGCAGAGAAUCAGUCGAGGCUACGAUUUUGCAGCUGUUUUAGAAUGGUUUGCAGAGCGAGUUGACAGGAUCAUUUUGCUUUUUGAUGCCCACAAACUGGAUAUCUCUGAUGAGUUCUCUGAGGUUAUAAAGGCUCUGAAGAACCAUGAGGACAAGAUCAGGGUGGUGCUGAACAAAGCUGACCAGAUUGAAACCCAGCAACUGAUGAGAGUUUAUGGUGCCCUGAUGUGGUCACUGGGGAAAAUCGUCAACACCCCUGAGGUGAUCCGCGUCUACAUCGGUUCAUUUUGGUCUCACCCGCUGUUGAUUCCAGACAACAGGAAGCUGUUUGAAGCAGAGGAGCAGGAUUUAUUUAAGGACAUUCAGUCCCUCCCAAGAAAUGCAGCACUUAGAAAGCUCAACGAUCUGAUUAAGAGGGCAAGACUUGCCAAGGUCCAUGCCUACAUCAUCAGUUCACUGAAGAAAGAGAUGCCCUCUGUGUUCGGGAAAGAAAACAAGAAGAAAGAGCUGAUUGCCAGUCUGGGAGAUAUUUACAAGCGCAUUGAAAGAGAGCAUCAGAUUUCACCUGGGGAUUUUCCUAAUCUGAAAAAGAUGCAGGACCAGCUCCAAGCUCAGGAUCUCAACAGGUUCCAGCCUCUGAAACCCAAACUCUUGGAGGCAGUUGAUGACAUGCUAGCCAAUGACAUCGCUGGCUUAAUGGUCCUGGUUCGCCAAGAGGAAAACCAGCGGCCAAACCCAGUGGUGAAGGGUGGUGCGUUCGAUGGCACUUUGAACGGCCCGUUUGGACACGGGUACGGUGAAGGAGCCGGUGAAGGCAUCGACGAAGCUGAGUGGGUUGUUGCACGCGACAAACCCGCCUACGAUGAGAUUUUCUACACGCUCUCUCCUGUCAAUGGAAAGGUCACAGGAGCCAAUGCUAAAAAGGAGAUGGUGAAAUCAAAACUGCCCAACACAGUGCUGGGAAAGAUCUGGAAGCUGGCAGAUAUUGAUAAGGAUGGCAUGCUGGAUGAUGAGGAGUUCGCCCUUGCUAAUCACCUGAUAAAGGUAAAACUGGAGGGACACGAAUUGCCGUCUGAGCUGCCUGCACAUCUGGUGCCUCCCUCCAAAAGGAAAAUAUCUGAAUAA